AUGGUUCCAAAGACUGAUGGCACGCUCCACAUCUGCAAAGACUUCCAAAAGUUGAAUGUCAUCUCUACCUUUGAGGGCUAUCCUAUGCCCCGAGUGAACAAGUUCCUGGAUCGGCUGGGAAGGGCCCGGUACAUCUCGACACUGGACCUCACCAAGGGCUACUGGCAAGUGUCCCUGACCCCAAGCCCCCGGGAAAAGACAGCAUUCAGCUGGACUGAGCUCCUGCCUGUUUGCCACACUUCACGGAGGAUCACAGACACUAUUUCCACUGGGACCAUGAGCACCUUCACUGUGCACCGUGUGUUUGGUGAAGAAGUAAAGUUAGUGUCAGUGAUGGAGGGAGAUUCAGUCACUCUGAACUCUGGUCUUACUGAAAUAAUGGAUGAUGAUCAGAUUCAGUGGAGGUUUCAAAGUGAAAACACUUUAAUAGCUGAAAUCAAUAAACGAGCCGACAGCAUGACUGUAUAUGAUGAUGUUCUUGAUGGGAGAUUCAGAAACAGACUGAAGCUGAACAAUCAAACUGGAUCUCUGACCAUCACAAACACCACAACUCAACAUGCUGGAGUUUAUGAACUACUGAUAAACCGUAUGAGCACAAAUUUCAUUCUCAUUGUACACACUCAUCUGCCUCUUCCUGUCAUCAGCAGAGAAUGUUUUUCAUCAUCAUCAUCAUCAUCAUAUUGUUCAUUGGUGUGUUCAGUGUUGAAUGUGAGUCAUGUGACUCUCUCCUGGUACAAAGGAAACAGUUUAUUGUCCAGCAUCAGUGUGUCUGAUCUCAGCAGCAGUGUCUCUUUACAUCUGGAGGUGGAAUAUCAGGAUAACAACAGCUACAGCUGUGUGAUCAACAAUCCCAUCAGCAACCAGACAACACAUCUGGACAUCACUCAACUCUGUCACACAUGUUCAGACUCUGUCCACUGUUGUGGUUCUACUGAAGCUGUGAUCCGAUUGGUCCUCUCUGCUCUGGUGGGCGUGGCUACUGUCAUUCUUCUGGUUUAUGACAUCAGAUCCAGAAGAGCUGAACAAGAUCAAGCACAAAUUAACACAGCAGGUGCAUGA